AUGUCGACGACUGCAACACGACAUGUGAAAUCUUCGAACUCUGCCAACAUAUUGAUGUGCAAACAAUGGUGGAAGGUGUGCUGGAUGUACGGCGACCAGGAGAAAUACUACAGGCAACUGUACGGUAGGAGAAAAAUCAACAACCCUACAAACAUGUUCUUUGACGAUACGAAGCGCCAAGGCGCGCAAAUCACAGAACUAACAGACGAAUUCUUCGAAGAUACGCUGUCUAACCAAAUAGAACCCGCACCAGAUGAGAGAUCGGAAGUAAAACCAGCUGAUAACAAAGAAUGGUUCGGCGCCGAAUCAGAACCCAUAUACGGUUUCGAUAAAACCUGGCAAAACGACCAAAGACGACAACCAAUACAUAAUUACGAUGAUUUAAACGAAUUCUUCGGUUCGAACCUAAGUGGUGAUAGCAUAAAGAAGAUACUCAGCAACGGUCUCCCUUCUGAUGCUAAAAACGAACUGCUGGACUCUAACGAGGUUGUACAUAGAGACGGUGAUGUGUUUGGUAAGACUUCGAAGACAGUUUGCAAGACUAAAAAAGGCGCAGUUGUGACUGAGGAAACAGAUAUAUCGAGUGAUGGUAAGACGAUGGCUAGUCUAAGAUUCCAGCGCUCGACGGUCAAGACCGGGCCGAAUAAAGUGAAGGAGGUGUUGCAACCCUUAAAAGAGGAUGCAGUGUUGGAUGAGUGUUCAAGGAAAAAGUGUGUGGGAGACAAGUUGACGACCACGACAAUGACGCUGGUGACCGUCACGCAGACGAUGGUCACGAGUUGCAAUGAACCAGUAUGCCGUAACUGCGUUGUAUCACCCACCGGGUCAUCACCACCGCCAUUGCACGAGCAGCAGUCAUCACCACCGCCACCCGCACCCGCUUCACCACCACCCCACCUUCCAUCACCACAGCCCAGUCACAGUGGCUCAUCAAUACCAAGUACCUCGAACUCCCCCCACCCUUAUUCAUACCCAAACUUCAGAAGAAGUCAACCCUACCAGGAGUUCAACCUCCUACAUAGUCACAGCGUGUCACAACUGAACCACCCCGGUCAAAGUUACCAUUCUCCUCAAUCUCCUCAAUCAGCGAUGUCCUUGUCUCCACAUCCCGUACCCCAGGGAAAGUUGAGGGGUCUCUUGGAACACGCUGAAAAGCUGAUGAAGCCUGGAGAUCCUCACAGGCAUUCGCAAAGCGACGAUGAUUCGGGCUGUGCGCUGGAGGAGUACACGUGGGUUCCUCCUGGACUAAGGCCGGAACAGGUGCACCUGUACUUCUCCGCGCUGCCAGAAGACAAGGUUCCUUACGUGAACAGCGUAGGCGAGCGGUACCGCCUCAAGCAAUUGUUGCAACAACUACCUCCACAGGACAAUGAGGUCCGCUACUGCCACGCUUUAUCUGAUGAGGAACGUAAAGAGCUUAGGCUGUUCAGUGCGCAGAGGAAGCGAGAGGCACUCGGCAGAGGCCAGGCGCGCCAGCUACACGCGCCGGCUCCUUGCGACAGGUGUGAGGAAACCAUGUCAAUCGGUGACAUGUGCGUGUCAGCGGCGAGGGCUGGUCCCUCCGCGCGGUGGCACCCCGCCUGCUUCGUCUGCAACACCUGCCAGGAGCUACUCGUGGACCUGGUCUACUUCUGGAAGGAGGGUCGUCUGUAUUGUGGGCGGCACCACGCAGAAACGUUGAAGCCAAGGUGUUCAGCUUGUGAUGAGAUCAUUCUUGCCGACGAGUGCACUGAAGCAGAGGGCAGAGCGUGGCACAUGAAACACUUCGCCUGUGCAGAGUGUUCGCGACAACUCGGCGGCCAACGUUACAUUAUGAGGGAAGCGAGGCCAUAUUGUUUGCCAUGUUUCGACAACUGCUUCGCGGAGUAUUGUGACGCCUGCGGUGAACCCAUUGGCGUCGACCAGGGUCAGAUGUCUCACGAAGGUCAGCACUGGCAUGCCACAGAACGAUGCUUCGCUUGCCACACAUGUCGAGCCAGCCUGUUAGGUCGACCAUUUUUACCUCGGAAAGGUGCCAUCUUUUGCUCUAUAGCAUGUUCGAAAGGGGAACCUCCUACGCCAUCAGAUUCUUCAGGACCAGGACCUAGACCGCCGAGGGUGCCGCGACCGAGAAGAAUACCUUCGCCGAAAUCCCCAACAAGAUCUCCACAAAGAGAACCUUCACCUCAUAUAGAUGCAGAUUCUGAGCCCAGUGCGUCUCUAGCUCCGGAGUCACCUCCGCCUCACCCACCACCACCGCCACACGCUUGCCUUAGCUUAGACAGAGCAUUGACAGAUUUAAGAAUAGAACAAUCUAUGACCGAACACCAAAUACAACCGACACCAACUUCAGAAGAAACUAAGGAUUCUCCCGACGCUCAUUGGAAACCUCCUCAUCCAGUAGAAGCGCAGACCGUGGUGACACCUGGUCAUUCUACCUCGAUGCCUGAACUCAUGCUUGUAGACGAAAAAGGUGCACAAAGAAAACCAAGAGGAGGUAGAACGGUCAGGUUUUGCGGUGACGAUAACGAAGCCUUUGAACCUGACGAGCCAAUACGUAAAGAAAAGACUAAAGAUGACGACGCCAGCAGCUAUUGCAGUACAUGUUCCUCAUCCUCUUCUUCGACGGAAUCAUACACACUGCCCACGAGACGAGCUUACGGAGGAGUCAGGAUAUCCUAUGUACCAAACGACGCAGUGGCGUGUGCGAAGCGAGAAAGACAAAGAAAGAACGCCCAGCACGAUAAGAACUGCAUCAUUUCGUGA